CCUCCCUCCACCGGGCACCGGGGAGGGGACGGAGGAGGAGCCCGGGGAGCGCCCUGUCACCCGCGGCGCUCCAGGAAGCCGGUCCUGAGUGUGAGUGCACUGCUGAAGCAUCAGGCAUUUACGCCGUGGAUAAAGUGAGACCCAGCUUGUCCGUCACCCAGGACCCCCUUCGCUAAAGAUGAUGCACGUGCCCUUUCCAGAGCCCAAGCCUGGAGACCUGAUUGAAAUUUUCCGCCCUUUCUACAGACACUGGGCCAUCUACGUUGGCAAUGGAUAUGUGAUCCACUUGGCUCCCCCAAGUGAAAUGGCAGGAGCUGGUGCAACCAGCAUCAUGUCUGCCCUGAUUGAGAAAGCUAUUGUGAAGAAGGAACUGCUGUGUGAUGUGGCUGGGAGAGACAAGUACCAGGUCAAUAACAAACACGAUGACAAGUACACCCCACAGCCUCCCAGCAAAAUCAUCCAGCAGGCAGAGGAGCUAGUGGGGCAGGAGGUCCCCUACAAACUGACCAGCGAGAACUGUGAGCACUUUGUCAAUGAGCUGCGCUAUGGAGUUGCUCGCAGUGACCAGGUCAGAGAUGUCAUCAUGGCUGCAGGUAUAACAGGACUGGGUUUGGCCACCUUGGGACUCAUUGGAGCCAUGUUCUCAAGAAACAAGAAGCAAAAGCAAUAAAUCCUGUCAAGGACAUCUUUGUCGAUGGGGAGGUGGGAAGGCUCUUUUGCUAAAAAGUUUCAUUAUGUUUUGUGAUAAGCCUUAUUUUCACAGAAUAAAAUAAAGCACAAUAAGAGAGGCCUUUAUUAGGGGAAAUGCA